CGUAUUAAACGCUGUCAUUGCGCAACCAGCGCUGCAGGCCCCGUCUGUCCCGUACCGCCUUCGUCGCCCGUUUUGUCAUGGCGAGGGGCCUGUAGUGCCUGAUACCGUCCCCCUCUCUCCCCCCCUCUACUUUCUAUCGGCCGCAGGGCAUUGUGGGGGAAGCAACAUGGCGGCUGGCAGCAGCAGUAAGGCCUCGGCCGGGGCCCUGGAGGCCGCUCUGGACCGCAAGUUGCAGACCAUCAGCAACACCAUGGAGUCCAUCCAGAACCUGUCCACCUGGUGCAUUGAGAACAAGAAGCAGCACGGCACCAUCGUGCACUACUGGUUGAAGUGGUUCCGCAGAUCUGGGUUUCCACACCGACUGAACCUGUUUUACUUGGCAAAUGAUAUUAUCCAGAACUGCAAAAGGAGGAAUGCAAUUGUCUAUCGUGAUAGUUUUGCUGAUGUGCUUCCAGAAGCUGCGUCUCUAGUAAGGGACCCUUCUGUGGUGAAAUCUGUAGAGAGAGUCGUUAAGAUUUGGGAAGAAAGGAGUGUGUAUCCUGAGGACACUAUUGCAGCAUUAAAAACUGCCCUGGCAAGUACGACUCCUAAAGCUGUACUGAAGUCAAAGAUCGUAGCUGAAUUCAGGCCCCAAGGUCUGAUUGAUGACUUGUUGACAUACAAACGUGGAGUGGAUCAUACCGACUUUAAGGAAAAGCAGCUAUCAAACAUGAGAGUGGAUGUUUGCAGCACAGAGACCUUAAAACGCUUAAAAGAUAAAGCUGGAGGAAAAAAGUUCUCAAAAGACUUUGAAGAGGCAAGUUCCAAACUUGAAGAAUUUGUAGGUCUCCUUGACAAGCAGGUGAAGAGUGGUCCAACAAUAACCGAAGCCCUGGAAAAUGCAGGGAUAUUCUAUGAAGCUCAGUAUCGGGAAGUCAAAGUUGUGGUAAACGCCUAUAAAACAUUUGCUAAUAGAGUAAACAAUCUGAAAAAGAAGCUUGACCAACUAAAAGCCACUCUUCCUGAUCCCGAGGAGUCUCCUGUACCAUCUCCUGCCGUUGAUGCGCCUUCGCCAACUGGUUCAGAGUCUCCUUUCCCGGGCAUGGGAGAUGAAAGCCCUUUGUCUCCAGAGGUUGAGCCUAUACCAGUUGAAUCUCCUGAACCUCCCAUCGACAAUCGCGUUGAGGAAGAUAUGGAGCUAUCUGAUGUGGACGCAGACGAUGAUAUGCCUACGAUUAUCCUUGAAGAAAGGAAGGACCAAACAGAACCUUCUACAUCAUCUCUCAAAGACACAGUCGCUUCUGCUUCUCCACAAUCCUCUGAUGUCACAACUCCUGUUCCUCUAUCCGUCUCAACUCCUGCUCCCACCACAGUCAAUGCUCCAGCGCCCCUUACAACCUCCACUAUGAAUCUGGCUACAUCCCCAGCAACCGUCACUCCCUCUAAAUCUGUAACCACUCCUGUCAUACCUCAAUCGAUUCCCCUUGCAUUGCCAAGUUUGGCUAAUGUAGACCUAGGGAAGAUCAGUUCCAUCCUAAGUAGCUUAACGUCUGCCAUGAAAACUACUGGUGAGUUCAGUCCUGCAGCGAAGCCUUCCCCUGGUACUCCAACAACUCCUAAUACAAACUUGACUGGCGCUGUAAAGCAUCCCAAUCAGUCCACACCAAACCCCUUGGCCAACAUCUUCUCAAAAGUCGAGAUUACUCCUGAAAGCAUUCUUUCUGUUUUGUCUAAAACGCAGGUUUCUUCGGCGCCAAAUUUGCAAGGUUUAUCAUCUUUGAUUCAAAGUGUUGCUGGAAGCACUGCUCUCUCAAGUGGAUCCGCAACACUCAGUACGUCCACUGCAACAGUGAACACUGCUUUACAAGCUGUGAAGGACAGAGUUACCCCCUCUGUAACACCUCCCUUUGUGUCUAAAAACUUUGGUUAUUCCCCAACAAACCUGAAUCCAGAUACUUCCCUCACACCUACCAGCAAAUCAUCUGCCCCACGUAGUUCUAGUGUCACUCAUGCAGCCAGUACCAUUGGCUUUUCAUCUCAAACACCUGUAUCUGCAGAGAAGCCUAUUAACCGACCACCAGAGAUAACUAAACGGCCUGAAGAGGCAGAACCAUCGAGUCUAGAAAUGAAAAUUCAUAAUUUCUUGAAAGGAAAUCCAGGAUUUAGUGGUUUAGAUCUGAACAUUCCUAUUCUAAGUGGCAUAGGUUCCAAUUCUAUGCCUGAGAGCUCAUCAGAGUUUCAAAGUGGACCCACUAGCACUUCACUAGAUAAUAUAGAUGGUACUCCAGUACGUGAUGAAAGAAGUGGAACACCUACGCAGGAUGAGAUGAUGGACAAGCCUACUUCAAGUAAUGUUGAUAGUGUUUCUCUGUUAUCAAAAAUCAUUAGUUCUGGCUCAUCUACACCCAGCAGUUCAAGGUCCCCCACUUUAAACAAAGAGAGUGACUAUCAAAAGCUACAGUCAAUGCCAUCAUACAGAUCUUUUGGUCUUGGUGGAAGUUCUCCAAACGCAUACCGGCAGUCAUCCGAUAUAAUGGAAAAACCUUCAGUGGUGGAUUCCACUCUGGAUAACUUUUAUCCAGAUGCAUCAUUUAAUGAAGACGAAGACUAUCGGGAGUUUGAUUUUACUGGUCUUUCACCAUCAACUGUUGGUAAUCUUGAGAAAAUGCAGUCAAAAUCUAGUUUGCAAUCAAACAUGCAUUUAAACUCAAUGGAAUAUCCACCUGUUACACAGAGUUACAGUCAGGCCCCAGACUAUAGCAUGCAGCCUUUCCCCCCAUCUGUGCAGCCUCCUUUUAUUUCAGGUGAAAGCAGUGGUCCGCUGUCACCAACUCCAGAUAGAUAUGGUGGGUAUAAUAUAAGAGGAAAUAAUCUAGAAUCUGCUCGGUCACCUUCUCCUCCCAAAGAUGACUCCUUGUACCCAUCUGACACUAACCAUAAUAUCCCUUUGUUACAUCCCACUAUGCCACAAAAUAAAUAUACAGAUCCUACUCUUGUUCAAAAUAGACACUCACAUUUCCUUCCAAAGAAUAAUCUUCCUUCUGGAAGACCACCUUUAACCACUGAACAAUCAGGUCUAGGUGUUGCAGUUUCAACUACAAUGGAGUUCAAAAAUAUGCUGAAGAAUGCAUCUCGCAGACCUUCUGAGGAGAAUCCGUUUGGACAGUCAAGUUUAGAUGAAGAUAUUCGUAUCUCUGGACUUGGCCAUGCUGGAAGGUCUUCUGAAGACCAGUCUGAAGAACAAUAUCGCAUUGAAACUAGAGUCUCAUCCUCUUCCCUAGACUUGCCAGAUAGUACAGAGGAAAAGGGAGCUCCUAUUGAAACGUUAGGUUAUCACAAUGUGGGCAAUAUAAGAAUGUCAGGGGAGCCUAUUAAAACUGUGGAGUCCAUGAGGGUUGGAAUGAAAGGUGGUAGAGGGCAUGGGAUGGAUGGAGGGAGACCUGAUUGGUUUGACAUGGGUAGCACUGAGAGUUCUUUUGAUGGCACGUCAAAUGCUGACGGACAGCCUUCUGUCAGUGGCAGUAGUAAUGUUGGCUUUAAAACACAAUAUGAUGAGCACUUAACACGCUUUCCGGACUCUGUCAGUGAUUUCAGAGCGAACAAUAUUUCACCUUUCGAACAUCGGUUACUGCCACCAAUGGGUCCUCCAUUAGAUCGUGGUGGGCCAUUUCAAAUGGAUCAAACUGGGCCACCUCCUGUGCCCCCAUCUGUUUUGCCACCUGACCCAGGAAGUCUUUUUGGUAGAGACAUCCCUGUUGCACCCCAAAUGCCCCCUAUGGAGCCGCCUCAAACAUUGCCUCAUAUUGCUCACCCGCCACCUACGGAUCAUGUGAGCAAUCCUUUCCCUCUUCAUCACACAGCAGAACACGGUGGCAUGCCGUUUUCUCCACCUCCUCGUUUAGAUAUGCGUAGCCCAUUUUCACAGGACCAUGGUGUUCACCAGGGAAUGAUGCAGGAAGCCUACUCAAUGCAUUCAAGGGAUCAAGGACCUAUGUCACAUGACUACAGUAGUCAACACAACCAGACCUUUAGCAGGGUAAAUGAACCUAUGGCCCCUCUCCCUAGAGAUCAUCAUGGAAAUUUUGCUGGUUCUCAACAGCCUAUUGGCUCACAUCAUAGAGACUUCAUGAACACUGGUGGUCCAAGGCCACAUCGACCUCACUUCAGGCCUAGGGAACCUUACCACAACCUAAAACGACCACGGCCACCUUUUGGAAGGGGCCAGCAAUUUUUUUCCCCAAAACGUCCUUACUACCCACCAAGAUACUAAAAGCUGUUCAGAUACUUUUUGAAGUUGUGGCAGUGGUUUUCAUACAUGUCCCCAGUGAAGCCUGGUUUGGGCUUGGAUGUAGUCAGUUUGUAAGUAAACUAUCUGUAAUCACAAUUAAUAAAGGCUGUGGUUCACCAACACCCCCGGUUAAUUGGUUGUAGAAAAACGUAGGUGACAAUCUCUUAUCUUUUCAAGAUGCUUACGUUCUUAAGAGCCUACAAUGGAACCUUCAGUUCGGUGAUGAGGUGGUGUCCUUGAAUCUUCAAAUCCUUGUAAACAAUACCAGAACCAAAGGAGCCUAAAAACUGUCCUGCUUUUUGCUCUCCAAAGAAGCCCAUCUAGAUCAUCCUAUUGCUCUCUAAAUACCAGAUAGGUGAGUCACAAGGGGGAAGCUUGAUUAAAAAUAAAAAAAA